AUGGAGCCGAUCACCCGUCGCCAUCUUCGACCCGCUCAUCGCUCGCCAACCACAACCAGGCUGGUCAUCGAUCCUGUCUUCCUCUCCAAGGUCAAGUCCUUGGCUGAGGCCUCCGAUGGCCUCUUCCUUGCACAAUCGGAGGCUGGUGACCCACAGUAUGUACGCUGGCGAGAUGCGAUGGCAGACCCGACGCUGGAGAGCACGAUCUGCUGGGCGAAGAUCAAGAACGCCACCCGAGCUAUCGAGAAGCUCGUGCGGUCCUACGACUUCUGCGUCUACAAGCUCUUAGAUGUGGUACGACAGUCUAUCAUCUUCAAGGACCUCGACCAUCUGUGCGACUGCCUGGACAAGAUUGCCAGGGACCCGGAGAUCGAAGUUGUACGAAUCAAGAACAGGCUGGAUCCAGACUUCGACAGCAAGAUAUCGGGGGGCUACCGAGACAUUGGGAUAAACCUGCGCAUCGUCAGCACCCAGACGAAGAAGGAGGGAGUGGAGGGGCAUAUCUGCGAGCUCCAGCUUCUGCUUGAAGACUUCCACAAGCUCAAAACCCUCGAAGGGCACAAACGGCACGUGCAGUUCCGAAACCUCCGAUGCGAGUGA